CUCUCUCUCCUCCCUCCCCCCCCCCCCUCUCCACUGAAAGUCAGAGCGGUUCGCUCCCUCUCUAUCUCUCCCCCUUCCCCCUCGCCUCCCUCUGGAAGCUCGGGAUUUUGUUCUCUCUCUACAGCGGCGAUCCAUCAGUUCUAGCCGUCGUCAGUCUCCGUCGUCGUCGUACACUCUCCGAACCCGGAAGUUUCCAACUUUCACUUCUCUGCUUCAUUCCCCGCUCUCUUUGUUUCGUCGUGUGGGAUUUGUCAUCCUGCUCGAAUUGCUGCCACCAAGUUCCUGUUCUCGCCGCAAAUGAGGGAUGUUGAGGUGGUUGGCAAGGAUAGCGUGGGCGUGCUGGAGUCCGGUCAGGAGAUAUGUCCGUAUGAGCAAGGAUGAUGGCGGGGACGACGACGACGACCUCCCCGGUUCCGCGCUCGGUGACUCCCUCAUCUGGUGGCGGGACCUGGAGAAGCACUCCUACGGCGAGUUCUCCUUCGCGGUGGUCCAGGCUAAUGAGGUGCUCGAGGAUCAGAGCCAGGUCGAGACCGGCUGUGACGCCACUUUCGUCGGUGUCUAUGAUGGACACGGUGGCCCCGAGGCUUCCCGCUUCAUCUGCGACCAUCUCUUUCUCCACCUUAUGAAACAUGCUCAUGAGCAUGGAACCAUAUCCGAAGACAUACUUAGAAGUGCUUUCUCUGCCACCGAAGAAGGAUUUCUUAAGCUAGUUCGUCGGACAUAUGGAAUAAAACCAAUGAUUGCAGCAAUUGGAUCAUGCUGUCUUGCUGGUGUUAUCUGGAGGGGAACAUUAUAUGUUGCAAACUUGGGUGACUCCCGAGCUGUAAUAGGUUCUUUGGGUAAGUCGAAUAAGGUAGUGGCAGAGCAAUUGACAAGAGACCAUAAUGCUAGUAUGGAGGACGUCAGACAAGAACUUAGGUCCUUGCAUCCUGAUGACUCGCAUAUAGUAUUCAUGAAACAUGGAGUAUGGCGUAUCAAAGGAAUCAUUCAGGUAUCAAGAUCCAUAGGGGACGCAUACUUGAAGAAGCCUGAGUUCUCACUGGAUCCUUCAUUUCCACGGUUUCACCUUCCCGAGCCUAUCCGCCGGCCUGUGCUUACAGCAGAACCAUCAGUAUAUUCGAGGGUGUUGAGAUCCCAAGAUAAAUUCAUCAUAUUUGCCUCUGAUGGGCUUUGGGAACACCUCUCGAAUCAGCGAGCUGUUGAGAUUGUGCAUAAUAACCCCCGUGCUGUAUGCUAUCCCUCUGAUAUCUAUGGAAUCGCAAGAAGACUGUUAAAGGCAGCACUAGCCGAAGCGGCGAGAAAGAGGGAGAUGAGAUAUGCAGAUCUUAAGAAGGUCGAGAAAGGGAUCCGCCGUUUCUUCCAUGAUGACAUCACCGUUGUUGUCAUCUUCCUGGACCAUGAAUUGCUUGGAGAGAAGAUGCAGGUGCCUGAGGUCUCGAUUAGAGGUUUCGUCGACACUGUGGAGCCAUCAAACUUCAGUGUCCUUCAAGGGAUGAAUUCAAAUCCGAGGUCCAUCCUUUGACAUUCCUCCCAACUCAUGUAAGGUGAAAGCUUGUCAGACAUGAGUCAGUUCCCUAGUUUGAUUGGGUUCGAUAAAUCUCUAUCAUUAUCUUCCUGAUUCCAUGACUAUCUACAUUCCCCCUGGUUAAACUGGAUUUCUCUUUUACCAUGUAGCCGGAUCAUCCCUCGAGGUUCCGCAGAAUACCUGCGAGAUAACUUUGGCCUUCGUUUUCCUUCAUUCCAAUAAAUCCAUAAAUGGAGUCCAUACUUAGUACGA